GAGUGUGUUUUCAACCGAUAAGUGUCUUUUGUUUUUGCUGGUUCUGCCGGUUUUGUUUAUCUGACACAUUUUUCAGGAAGAUCAGCAAGCUUGCGUACUUCAGGGCACAUAAUAAGCCAUCCUGUGGCGAAUUACUGCAAUUCGUUCGUGUGCACGCCUUCUUUGGUUUGCGACGUUUGACGUCAAUUUGAUCUCUGCUCGAGAUGAGGAGGCAGCAGCAGGCGCUGCAAAAAGCUGUCAAUCGAUAGAAAAUGAGGCACAGAGAGACGGUUUAUAGUUUUUUAGUUAUGAGUAUGUUGUUCUUUUAUAGAUUCCCUUUUGGCGUAUUAACAGCUUUGAAUAAGGAUUUUCUAAGCAUCCUACCCAACCCAAGUCACGUGUGACAGGGGGAAACUUAAUUAUUCCCUAGUAUGCGCUAGUACGGGCAAACUUACAACUCCUAACCGCCAAAGAAGGAUAAAUAUUGAUCUGCUAAAGGUAGAAUCUUCGCAAACCUGUUUGAAUGCUUUGGGGGCGAGAAAAAGGGGGCCAUGGAGUGUAGCAAUCGUUCUUGUUUGCUUUACUAUUGCACGAGUGUGUUUUAGAACCGCAAACAUUUAUCGAUCAGGUGUGGAAUUUGAUGACUCGAUCAAUUGCAAAUAGUAAACAGUCUUGUGAAAUGUGAAGACUUCUGUGUGAUAUAACAUGCACACACGUUGCUAGGGAACACGCAACAUCCACUCCAAUAUUGCUUUCACGUUGUAAUAUUGCACGAUGGACAACAACGAAGAAGAUGAAUGUGACGAGGUCAUCGAAUCGUCCCAGGUUCCAAAGCUUCGAUCGAAAAUUCGUCUAACACGGCCAGACUAUCGCACCAUGUUACAACCUGUGGAAAAGGAGAAACGGGACAGAAAAUACAAAAAGAAACUACCCAAACGGAUACGGGACAACAAAAGCGUUUCGCAAUGUCUUCGGCAAGCGUGGACACUGCCAAGUAAAGCCGCCUUGCCUACUACCACCAGUGCCACCACAACCAAAAUCAACAAACAGCAGCAGCAAGCAGAUGAACAGCCCGAUGAAGAAUACAUAAACAUCGCCACCCAGCAAGAGCCUUCGCAAGCGGCUGUUGGCAUUCAAGCCAUUCCGUCGGUGAGCUUGUUCGACCGGCAGCAGGAUGUGUUGGCACGGUACAUCUUCAACGACACGACCGAGGCACAGAUCGAUCACCAGCUGCAGCAGUUGCUGGACGGGUUUCAGGCGGAGUACGAGAGUAAGUGUGCCGAGCUGGAGGGUUCACCGCCGCCGGGAGUGCUGCCGGGCGAGCAUGCUGCUAACGAUGAAGCACUACAGGCGACAUGUUUGCCCGGUACGAGUGCCAAGCCACUUGCAACGAUACGAAAUGAUUCACCAACCGGUGCUUUAUCGCCUCCGCUACUAGCAGACAGUGAACCGUUCAUAAUGCCUGACUUUAGUAAGGAGAUUGCUCAGCUGGAAGAAAUGAUGGAAUUGGAUAGCCCUUGUCGAGUGAAUCGAUCACAGCGGCCCGUUCCCGAGCUGGAUCCACUUGUUCCCAUCGUCGAAAUACGGGAGGAGCCUGGAAGAGUCGUGCAACAAGCGGUUGUUCCUACGGUUACCGACUACGCUUGCCUCGAUCUGUCGGUACAGAGGGAAAAAUUAGAUCACGUGAAUCGUGUACCAACUGCCAUGAGCAUCGAUGAGGAAUGUACAAGGGCAAAUCUAGUUCGACCAGCCUACGUACCGGCAGUUCCUGCGGCGGCGGUUCCACCAAACUCACCACGCUUCGAUGACAUUUUCGACCUUCGCGUUUCAAAACCCUGGAAGCCUCGUUCGACGGCCGUUACGACGGCUCCUUCGAAAUCUGCCUGCAAACCGCUCGCCGACACGGUUGAGCUCGGCACACAGACCAGAUGGCAGCGGCGAAACGUUGGCAUUCAGCAUCGUCCGCUUGCUUCGUUCGAUUUCACCGAUCGUAACCUGAUCGUGCUGGCACAGGCACUCGAAGCCGAUCCGGCCCGGCUGUGGUGUAAAAUGCGAAGCGUUGUGAAAUCGUCCGCCCAACCGAUCUGGCGAGCGCGCGAUCUUGCGGCAGUAUUUUCCCUGGCCGAUCCUUACUAUGCGAAUUUGAAACAUUUCCAAUAAAGGACGCAAGCGGGCGGCGGCAUCUGUGCUUUCGGUUCGGGUUCACGCUCAUCGCUGGAACGUGGAAAUUA